AUGGCGAGUGAGGCGCCACAUGAGUAUGACCUCGCAAACAAGAACGACCUGGCAGACUUCCUCGAACAAGCUGACAUCCAGCUGGGUGGUCAGGGCAAGCGGAGGAUCUCCAAGGAUGCUCUCCACGUCAUCGUCAGGAACCUGAAAGGCGACCGUUUCACCGUGGACAUGCUCCAGGACGUCGUGCGAGAAGUUGUCCCCGAUCGCGAGGGGCUGCUGAGCUGCGAGGACUUGGCUCGCCGCCUCCGCCGCCCGGAUCCUGCGGUGCCGCAAGAGUCCAAGCGCUUCGACCUGGCGCAGAAGCAGGGGCUCGCGGACUUCCUGAAAGAAGCGGACAUCCGCUUGGUGCGUGCCCACUUCAUUUUGAAGCUGCAGCAGGAAGGACAGCGGCUCCCGCGCCGCCAGGAAGCGGAGUCCGCCUACGUCGAAAGCCACACGGCACUUGUCACGCACGAGGAGGUCCAAGCCUGGGCCGAUGGCAAGGCGCCUGAAGGCACCCAGAUUGUCUCGCUGUCCCACUGCUGGGAGUCGAGGGAACACUGUGAUCCGUACGGCUACCAGGUUGCCAAGCUAGCCAAGGCUCUUACGGGAAAAGAAUGGCUGUUCAUCGAUUAUGUAUCCUUGUAUCAGUUCCAGCGACUCUCCCAGAAGCAGAAUGUCAGCUUCGGGCGUGCGAUGCAGCACAUGCAUGUGCUGUACUGCCAUGAGAAAUCAAGUACGCUCCGAAUCGAGUCUUUGACACCGGAAGCAGACAUCGCAGAAGCCGAGCGAAAGCAAGAAUGCGUCAUGAUGUACCACCACCCCACCGGCCUGGUGAAACCAGUGCCGGUCACUGAAUUGGUCAAGAAUAAUACCCCGUAUAGUGAGCGAGGCUGGUGUGCGGCUGAGAGGGAGUGGUCCAGCACGAGGGAAGCCACCAACCUGUCGCGCGAAGUAGACGCUCCGGAAGGCGAGAAGGGGGGAAUCGCCCCGAUGGUGCCAGAGGCAUUUCGAGAGAACGUAGCACACCAACUCAAAUUCACGCAUUUGGAUGACGUAGAGACCGUCUGCAGAUUGCAAGCGGAAGUGUACAAAGAGAAGGCAGAGAUGUGCAAGAGCUUAAGGCUCGUAGACUUGGGUGCGGAAGCCCUGGACAUCGCCCUGUCGGGUCUCGAGCGCUACCCGAAGCUGGAGAGCCUGGAGAUCGUCCACUGUGAGCUCAGCCCCAAGCUCCCGCUGCUGCUGAAGGUCCUGAAGGAGAAGAAGCUUCCACAGCUCCACCUGCAGCACAACGAGCUCUUUGAGGAGGGCACCCGCCAGGUCGUUGAGGCAGUCAAGCAUAAUCACACCCUGAAGCAGCUGAACCUUGCGGAAGCCAAUCUCGAAAUUGCGGAGCCUCUUCUCGAGGCGCUCCGGGUGAGCCAGCUCCAGCUCGAUCUGACGGACAGCGAUUUGGGCAACGGGGUCGCCGUGGCAAUGGCCAGGGCCCUCCGGACCGGCCAGGUGAAGGGCACCGUCACCCACCCAGCCAUCAAGUUCCUGUCCAUGUUGGAGGACAUAGAAUUGGAAGAGCUCGAGGAAGCGCCGCAGCAGCUGAAGCUUGAUCUCAGCGGCUACGGCGGUCGCCUCUACAAAGUGGAGAGGUUCCGGCGGCUCUUCCCUCCGCUCUGCCGGGCCCUGCCGAAGCUCCCGGAGCUCCGAGAGCUGCAGCUCGAGUUCCGCUUCCACCGCGACACCUUCGGCGCUGACAGGGCCCGGGCCCUGGCCGCGGGCCUCCGGCACCAAAAGGAGCUGCAGGUGCUGGAGUUGGGGCUGCGAUACAACUCCCUGGGCCGCGAGGGCGCGAAGGCCUUGGCCUUUGCCCUCCGCGAGCUGACGGAGCUGAAGACACUCGUGUUGAGCCUGAACGAGAACAACAUCGGCGAUGCCGGCGCCACCUCAGUGGUAGAGAGCCUCUCUGAGCUGCAGCAGCUCACAAAUCCCUAUGUUGAUCUGCACAGCAACGAGCUCAGCUUGGAGGUGCGGCAGAAGCUCCGGGCCGCCUUGGAUGCUUUGCCAGUGGCCACGAAGAGGAUCUUCCUUUGA